AUGAAGGACAUAGACAAGAUCGCAAUCAUCGGUUGCGGGAGCAUGGGCGGGGGCCUUGCUCUGCUCUUCGCCGAGAGCGGCCUAAAUGUCUCUCUCAAAAACCCCGAUGAGGACGCAAUGGAUGGGAUUGUCGCCAAAGCCAAGGCUGAUGGGUCUGGUGAGCGAGUACACAAGUUCACUGACGACGCGUCGCUGUGCGCGAGUCUUGGAAGCCCGCGCGUAUUUCUGCUCAGCCUUCCACAUGGCACGUUGGGCGACACGAUUCUAGAGGGACUUGAGCCGUAUUUGUCCCAAGGAGACAUCAUUCUGGAUGCUGCGAACGAGCAUUGGCAGAACACCGAGAGGCGGCAAGGACGUGCGGCCACACGUGGCGUACGCUACAUCGGGGUGGGCGUUUCCGGGGGUUAUCAGGCUGCUCGAAGAGGGCCGUCGCUAUGUCCGGGAGGGGAUGCAGACUCACUCAGGCUGGUUAUGCCAUUGCUGGAGAAGGUCGCGGCGAAAGAUAGGCAGGGUAAGCCAUGUGUAGCGCCCGCUGGCCUUGGCGGGUCAGGCCACUACGUGAAGAUGAUCCACAACGGUAUCGAGCACGGGAUGAUGGGCGCUGUAGCGGAGGCGUGGAAGAUCAUGGAGUCAGGGCUCGGCCUCUCGUACGACCAGAUUGGACACGCCUUCGCAACCUGGAACGAGUCCGGCGAGCUUGCAGGUACUUUCUUGAUUGACAUCGCAGCCGACAUCUGUCACAAGACUGAUGGUGAUGGCACGCACGUACUGUCCACGGUUGAGGAUAAGGUCGUACAGGAUGUGACCGAAGAAGAAGGGACCGGAGUCUGGUCCAAUACAGAGGCCAUCGAGCAGCAUGUACCUGCACCUUCACUCUCAGCUGCUCACUUCCUACGGCUAGUCUCUGCCGAUCGUGACGAGCGCGCUCGUGUGCGAGAGGCCUUCGGUGGUCAAUUCCCGCCAUCGCCGAGACCUAUGAAGAGUGACGAUGCGCAGGCUGCAAUUGAGGAUCUGCGCCUUGCUGUAUACACAGCGAGUCUUGCCAGCUUUGCACAGGGCAUAUCAGCCAUCGACCGCGCGAACCGCAAGCACGGCUGGGACAUCAACUACGCCAACGUGCUACAGAUCUGGCGAGCAGGAUGCAUCAUUCGCGCCGACUACAUCGCGGACCUCCUGGCGCCUGUCUUUGCCUCUGCCAAAGAUCGUAGAUCGAUGAACCUACUCACUGAGCCGCAUAUCGCCACGGAGCUUCAAAAGUGCUGGCCGGCGCUCAAGCGUGUAGUGUCGCACGCGAUUUCAACGGACUUUGUGAUACCUACCCUCUCCUCAACGUUAGAGUAUCUGAAGUACUCCGGAAGUCUCAACCUUCCGACACAGUUCUACGAGGCACAGAUGGACUAUUUCGGAUCGCACAUGUACGAUCGCAAAGGUGAAGAGGAUAACGGGAAACCGGUCACAGGUAGAUACCACUAUGAGUGGAAGAGCGCGUAA